GGUGCGGCGCCUGCCCCCCCGCCGUGACGUCACGCGGCCGCUCGCGGGGCACCAUGGGAGAAUCCCAAUGUUUUCCAACGGAUGCGCUCAGCAGCGCGGCGGCUUGAGGCGACUCCGGGAGCGACGCUCGGGGGAACGUCCCGGGAGGGGGGUGUCCCGAUAGGGUUUGGCGGCGGGGGGCAGGGCCGGCGCCCCGGCUCUUCCCCAGCACUCCAGGCAGCAUGGCCCGCUCCCCUGAGGCCCCCGAAGCUGCUCCCUGAGUGCCCGGUGCCGGCGGAGCGCCCCGCCGCAGCCUGCCCACGGCGCCGGGGAAGAUGCUGCCGCGGCUGGUCCUGCCCGGCUGACGUCCCGCCGCCGCCGCACCCCCGUCCCCAUUGUCCCCUGGCCGCCUCCGGCUCCAUGAGCGCCUCCUCCUCCCCCCGCCUCUGAGCUUCCCGCCCUCCACCUCAUGGCUGCAUCGGAAGAAGGGACCGGCUGCUUUCUCCCGCGAGGCAGGUCGCAGAGUGACCCCAGCAUCCUCACUGACCCCGCGGGCCCCGGCGCCGGGGAGCACCCAGAUGAGAUGGAGCAGUCCCCUGCAAUGCGUUCUGACUACUUGGUCUCAGGGAUUCGAACUCCACCAGUGAGGAGGAACAGCAAACUGGCAACACUGGGCAGGAUCUUCAAGCCAUGGAAGUGGCGGAAAAAGAAAAAUGAGAAGCUAAAGCAGACUUCUGCAGUGCUGGAGAAGAAGAUGACAGCACGGCAAGGUCGGGAUGAACUCAUUAAGAAAGGUCUUCUGGAGAUGAUGGAACAAGAUACCGAAGGCAAAGGCUACACUGGUGACGAUGCCACAAGAGCAACGCAGAGUGACCCUCCAGCUCCUGUGUGCCAGGCACUCGCCUCAGAAGAGGUACAGCAAGAGAGUACAGUAGCAGCCACAACGAAUGUGACUUCGCUUGGUGAGGAGCUGCAUUUGGACGAGCUGAAAGAAGAUGCAGCCAAGAAACCUUCAGCACCCACGGAAGAAUUAGAAGAUGCCAGCCUGCCAGCAUCUGAAGAUGGUCCACAAGCCUUACUUGCAUCUGAAUCCACAGAUUCCCCCCAGAAACAGGCAGAAGGAAACCCAGCACAGCUUCCCAGCCCCCCAUUGCUCCCAGCUCCACCUCCUAAGGCAAUCUCCAAAAUCACAAAGAGCUUAACAGCAGGAAGCGAAGUAGAUGACCCAGCCAUGAAAUCUCCUCCUUCUGCCAUCCUGAAGAACUAUGUCAUUGUUGGAUCCUCCCAAAUCUCAGGACAAGCUGCCCUCUUCCAUCCCUCUGGCCAGAAAAGUUCAGAUCCCCAUGUCAGAGGACAGGUAACAACACCAACCGGUUCCCCUCACCUGGCUGCCGUCCACCUGCCUUUACCUCCCAGCAGAGUCAUUGAAGAACUCCACAGGGCUCUGGCCACCAAACACCGGCAGGACAGCUUCCAUGGAAGAGAAAGCAAAGGAUCUCCAAAAAAAAGAGUGGAUGUCCGUCCAUCAAGAACAUCUAGCAUGGAGCGCAACAAAGAAAAGGAGAACUCACCGAGUUACAGCAGUGACUCAGAAAAUAAGCGGAACUCUGUUAAGGAGUCGGAUGAGAACAAAGAAAACAUGAUCAUGAACUCAGAGCUCAAGGAAGACUCUGUUUUUUAUCAGGAUGAGGAAGUUCUGAAUGACUCCAUUAUUUCUGGUACUUUGCCAAGAAAAUGCAAGAAAGAACUGCUGGCAGUAAAACUACGAAACAGACCAAGCAAGCAGGAGCUGGAAGACAGGAAUAUCUUCCCAAGGAGGACAGACGAGGAAAGACAGGAAAUCCGGCAGCAAAUUGAAAUGAAACUCUCAAAGGGAAAGCUGCUGUAUGCAUUGGUGGCUGUAUUUCUGCUUUAAGGAAGAAGCAACAUCAGCAGCAUUACCCUCACAUGGGCAAGGUGUUUGUGUAAGUCCAGCUGCAGGGAUGGCGCGGAUGGUCUGGUUUGGAUCAGUAACCAGGGCAACAGGGUAGAGCUUGGAGAGAAACAGCGUUACUGUGGCAUGUAGCCUAAAGCAAAGAUUUAAGUAAACUGUGAAGCUCAGACUGCACCAUUUGGUUUUUGUGUGUAUUUUCUUAAAAGCUUCAUUUGGAUAUCUGCAAACAUGAAUAUUUUAGAUGAGACAAAGUGGAUUGUUAAAUAAUCUGUGCUGUGCCUGCCCACACUGGGACAGCGAGCACUGCUCGUCGCCAAAAUGCUUGAAAUCAAAUUGAGAAACACGAACAGAAGUUCAUUUUCAAGGCUUAUUAAAUAUUAAAUAUCUCAAGCCUCUCCUGAAAGAAACAUUUAUUGAUAUUUAGGCUAGCUCACUCAUGUGUGUGCAUUUGAUUAAACUUCGCCUCAGGGGACAGGGAAUGAGAAGCAUGUAUGUGGAUCAGAGCACAAGUCCUAAUGGACCAGAGUUUGUGGAGGAAAACGUCACUGCCAUCAUCACACUUGCCCUCAGCUCAGAAACAAGCUGCUGAAUGAAAACAGAUGAGAUUUGGGGUGCACUUCACGAUGCAUCUACAGUAUUGGAGAUGAAAUAUUCACCUUCCUCCAGUCUCAAUGAUUGCUGCUUAUGGUUUGUAACAUGGUAGAGCUUUACACCGAAAGGAGAUUAAUACGUUGUACCAGUGACUGCACAAAACAGCAAAUGACACUCCCUGUCACAAAAAACAAGUAUAUCCCAUAUAAGUAGAAAAUAUCACAUUACAAUUUGCAUUAAAUUCCAAGAGUAACAGGCGGACCAAGUCACUGAUGUGCCACAUCAAUACCCAUCUUCUUAGGGAAAUUGUCAUGGACCUUGACCAUGGCCUUGAUCAUCUUGAUCUUGCAAACCUUGUGCAUUCAUUUCAGGGAAAUAUUUCAUGCUGCACUCUGAUAUUGUUAAUCCCAGUAUUUUGGCCAGUCAAUAGCUCAUGAAAUAUCUUCAUGGGUCAGGAGCCUAAUUUUAUAUCUCUAAAAUAUAAAAUAUAUGGCUUCCAGCCCUCUCCAUCCUUAAAAACAAGUUGCACCAUCACAGAAUAUUCACUGAGUGAGAAGAUUAUCUCAUGUCCAGCCACAGCUCAUAUUGCAUACUGCAGAGGGAUCUGGAUAGACUGGAAAAAUGGGCUGAUUCCAAUGGGAUGAAGUUCAAUAAGGCCAAGUGCCGGGUGCUGCACUUUGGUCACAACAACCCCCUGCAGCGCUACAGGCUGGGCGCAGAGUGGCUGGAGAGCAGUCAGACAGAAAGGGACCUGGGGGGACUAAUUGACAGGAAGCUCAACAUGAGCCAUCAGUGUGCCCAGGUGGCCAAGAAGGCCAACGGUAUCCUGUCCUGUAUCAAAAAUAGCGUGAUCAGGAGGACAAGGGAAGUGAUCCUUCCCCUGUACUCUGCAUUGGUGAGGCCACACCUGGAGUAUUGUGUUCAGUUCUGAGCCCCUCAGUUCAGGAAAGAGAUUGAAGUGCUGGAGCGGGUCCAGAGAAGAGCAACACGACUGGUGAAGGGACUUGAACAUAAGACCUAUGGGGAGAGGCUGAGGUAGCUGGGGUUGUUUAGUCUGGAGAAGAGGAGGCUUAGAGGUGACCUCAUCACUCUCUAUAACUACCUGCAGGGAAGUUAUAGCCAGGUGGGGAUUGGUCUCUUCUCCCAGGCAGUUAGCAAUAGGACAAGGGGGCAUGGGUUUAAACUCUGCCAGGGGAAAUUUAGGCUGGAUAUUAGAAAGAAAUUCUUUACAGGGAGAGUGGUCAGGCAUUGGAAUGGCUGCCCAGGGAGGUGGUGGACUCGCCGUCCCUGGAGGUUUUUAAAUUGAGGUUGGACAUGGCACUUAGUGCCAUGAUCUAGUAAACGGACCAGAGUUGGACCAAGGGUUGGACUCGAUGAUCUCUGAGAUCUUUUCCAACCCAGUCGAUUCUGUGAUUCUGUGAUUGCUGAAAUACCCAGGUCACACCUCUUUUAAAUACAGCCUGAAUUCUCUUAGCAUCAAAGCUCUAAUGGAACUGCAGCUUCAAGUGUUAUAACUACAGGCCCUUUCUUUUAAUUUACCAUUUAGCUUCCUUAAUAAUGAGUCUAAAGAAUAAUUUUAAAGGAGGCAUACCUGAAGUUGGGUGUCAGUACAAGGACUUUAAAAGGAAACUUCUCUAUUUGUGAAGAAAAGGACUGGUCAUUACUAGAAGCUCAGAAAUGUACUGUCUGUAGGAAAAUGCAGGGAAGGAAGCCAACGUACCGUCUGCUAUGGUCUUGUGGAACAAUCUGUGGUGCAGGCCAUUAGUCUCAUUUGUAAUGUCUAAAGGAUGGCUAAAAGCCAUCUUUGUUCCAAGUGCUGGAAGACAGACUUUCAUUUAGCUCCUUCCUCCUGGAACAUGGAAGAUUCAGAGCAUCUCAGGGAACAGACGGCGCAGAGAUUGCUGGAGUAGCCAGGAAUGGCAAAACAGAUUGGAAGCGACCUCCCACACAACUUCCAGCACAUAUGUGCACUGGCAGAGCUCAGCUCUUUACUCAUCCACCAGAAUAGAACAUGACCAUGAAACAAGCUCAGGUGGUAGAUGCAUGCAGAAAAAUAUUUACACCAGGAAAAGCAAGUCCACGUCCAAAAAAAAAAAAGGUACUGAUAAAGGCCAAAGAGUCAAAGUCAUAGAGAUAUCCCUCUGGAGUUUCUGACUAAGUCUUUCUCCACAAAACCCAAACUACCCCACAGUCCUCACUCCAAGCACAACCUGGCAGUAGCAUGGAAAUGUAACCACAGUGGACAGAGUGAAAAUCUUGCAUUGAAAUUUUGAGGUCUUUAAAUCCAUUUUUCACUGGUGCUUGUGCAGCAGUCUCUUUGGGACAACUUGGAAGCUUAUAGCUAAGGAACACACUGUUCAGGUGUGAAGCACCACUCGGGAAAUGGGAUCAGAUAGAAAUGUCUGUCAUCUGUAUGAUUUUGCCAUUGCCCAUGCAGAUAAGAGCACGUUGCUGCUGCUGUGCUAGUAGCACUUUGGUAAGAGCAAUGGGACUUGUUGUCUCAGUUCUGAAUCUACAUGUGCCUGUACUUUAGCACACAAGAAUAACGUACGGGCAGAUUAGUUAUAUGAUGGCUGUCUGCAUAAGAAUGACAAUUAAACAGGUGGUUAUUUUCUAGAUCAAUAUUUUUCAGCACAUUUGUAGGGAUUUGAAAGUCUCUAGCUGUCUAGCAAAUUGGCUCAGUCCCACAGCUAACACAACCUAGCUUCAUACUCUGGAGAGAAAGCUGUGCUGAUGUGCAAAGCUUACCAAAUAACAGUGUCUACGUACAAAAGAACAACAUUUUCUCAAAACUACUGUAUUUGUUUAAAUGGUUCUGGGUAUAAUACAUUUCAACAGUAGCUGUGAGCCUGCUCAGAAAGUCAGCUCUCUGCUAUCAUGCUAAUGAGUGUUCAUGCAGUCAAAAUCCCUAUUUUUCUUCCCUUUUUCACUCAGUCUCAAAAGAGAGAUUGAGAAAUCCUGCUGGAUCUAUUGGGCCAGAUUCUACUUUUGCAGCAGUGCAAGUCCACUGACUUCAGAUUUAUUAUUGACUGGCAGCAGUGUGAGUACAGAUUCAAGCAUUCAUUUACGUGCAUUGCCGCUUUUGAAAAGUGUAUUUCCCGUAUUUCAUGCUCCCAGCCAAUUUAGUCUACCACUUGUUGCCGUGGAAACACACACGUCUCCCUCCUCCUCCAUCCAAAAUGGCAGUAUUCCAUUUUCCCCAGAUUUCCCUUUCCCGCAGUGUUUUCUCUUACUAAUUCAUGCCUCCCCGGUGCCCCAGGCCAUGGUGUGCACUUGCAAUAUUCUACUGUGCAUUAGGCAACAGGGCUCCCAACAGGUCUUGGUUCCCAUUAUUAUGUGUCUGGAGUGCAGAUAAUAAGCCCUCAAUGGAAUUCAGUGAAUUGAGAGCUCUUUGUGUCAAGAGGCAGAAAAGACAUUUGUAAGUACAAUUAUUUGCAAUAACUGCUUUCUGCCUUACAGAUGCACUUUGUUCUAGUAGGGAUUUAAGCUGAAACCUGGAGGAGUAAAAUAGUUGCUAGACUGAAGAGCAAUGCAGGAAAGGGUUGCUUAAUUAAAUUUGAUAUCUGACUACUUAGAAAGUUAGUGUUUGAAUUGCCUGGGUGGUUGGUACUUGCAAGUAUGCUUUGUAUAACUACAGUUAAAGACACUCCAUUAUUACUCAAUGUUUCAACGAAAACAUGAAUUCCUGGAAAAGAUUAUACUUGUAAUUUUCACUUUAUAUUCUCUUUCACCUCCUUGGAUAUUUGCAUAAGUAGACAUGAUGCAUUAAGCAGCACUUAAAAGAUUACGGAGGCAGGAAUUCAGAUACAGAAGUGUGGGCAUAAAAGGAGUCAGACAAGGAGAAUGAUGGGUUUGUGGAGACAUAGUGGAACCAAAACUUGAGCACCUAAACCUGAUCUUUGCUACAUUGAAAACCUUGGCAUGAGUAAGUGAAUCAUGCUGGGCAAGGUUUCUUGGCAAUGUAAAGUGAAAAGGAGGUAUCUUUGUUCAAUAUUUUACCACAUCUGGGAAUCUGUGGUUCUAGUGCUGCCUUGAGGUUCUUGGAAAGGCAUUUUCAAGUUGACUUGCCCAGAAACUGCAGACGUAGCUAAACACACACCAAGAUGAGACCCUGGUUUGCACCUCAGCCUCAUGUAACAGAGCAUGAAGUUCACAGAGCUGCUGGAGACAGAACAAUACCGAGCAAACGGCACUUCAGAUUUGCAGCCUAAAAGCAUAGACCGUGACAGUUCAACAUAGAGCAAUCACAAAGGAAGACUUUACCUACUGACAAAACAAAAGCUGUGCUCAUUUCUCAAGACUAACACAUCCAGUGCCACCUCCUCCCAGUGCAGCUCUGACUGGAAAGGCAUCGGCCCUCCAGACUGGGAGAUUCGGUGGGAAAUGGGCUGAAUCCACAGAACGUUGGGGCAUAUUUUAUUUGACCAAAAGAGGAGCAGUGGUGUACAAACCACUAGUGGCCCUAAUGCAGAAGAGUAUUAAGUCCAUACUGAACUGAGCCCAGUUUGGAGACUAGCUUAAAUUCACCUGGAGAUUAUUAAGGAUUUUUGAUGAAGCUGCGACUGUGCUCAAAUUCCCGGUAGCUGAACUAGAAAUCAGGGAACUGCCCUGUUUUCAGAAAGCUAGGAAGACUUGACACAGAUUUAUUCUGGAGACAGAAAGGCAGGGGCAAGCACAAAGAAAAGAUCAUCUGUCACUGCUAAUUAGCUGUGUACAAUUUAAUUAAUUUCAUUUUUAUUUGGCAGGAAUCAUCCAGGUAACCUUGUCACUGACGCUAAAAAUAAACCCAGCGAGCACAGUGUGGGCGUCUGUGAAAGCCUCAGCUCCUCGCAUGAGACAAGAGCUAUAAAUAGAGCUACAAUUUAAUUCUGUGGGCAUGCGCGUAAACCAAGGGAGUCUCCCGUUCUCCUUGCUCUGCACUAGACAGUGAGCUGAGAUGCUGGCAGCGGGGGCCGGCUUGGGAGUUUCUGUUGGAGAUUUGCAUGUGGCUGCAGUAUUUUAUUCACAUCUUGCACAGUGCCCAAGUGCUUUUUAAACCUGGUGCUGUGUGAGGAUUUGGGAUUUUUUUCAUGUUUUGUCCCUUUUCUGUGACAGCACUUAGGUUACAGAAAAUAAAAAUAUUGUGAAGGGCAGGGUGGCAGGGGGAGAAGGACUUGAAGAAUGGGGAAAGUACAAGGGAUAGCUGAGAUUUUCAGAGCUUCCUCCAGGAUUUAGAUAUCUGGAUCCCUUAGGCAUUAAUAUUUCCCAUGCCUUUCCUUGGUGUCAGGCAGUGACACACAAUUGGAAACCCUGUUACGUACCCAGUGACAGACAGCAGUGGCCUUACAGUCAAGGGGGUGGAGGCUUGGCGUCUGCUGCCAGAGUCACCCUGAGACAGUCUUCAAGGAUAAAAAUGAGGAGGAAAGGGAGAAAGCUUGUUUUGUUAAGGCCUCCAAGCAAUGAGUCAGUUUUGCCUCCUGUUUACAGGGCUUUUCAGGUCUAAGGGAGCUGCACUGCAGCCCAAAUACAUGUAUUAGAAGAUGUUCAAGUACAUCCGUACAUGCCGUACCUUGGCGACCGUGUCCUUUUCUCUUCAGGACCAAAGAGCUCUUGAGAAAGGUAGUCUUUGUUCCCUUUCAGGUACUACACUUGCAAAAAUAGAAUGAACUUCACAAAUAUGAAUCCCUGGUCAGCAAGUAAAAAUCCUAACCACCAUGAGUGUGUGAUCAUAAUGGACCCUCUGGACAGAAGCUCUUUAACAAGAGCUUCUUGUUAAAGAAGCUUCCUUCAGUAAUGAAGCACAGUGCAUGCGCAAUCAAUUACGAAGCACCCUGUCAGCUCUGGGCAAAAGCCAUGAUCUGCAGCUGAACCAGAAAGAGCAAUUUGCUGUCUCAAACCAGCCCACAGCAUGUUUGGCAAGAAUUUUUGAACACACUAAUUCAUUUAUAAAGGGCUGCAACAGAGAGGAUUUAGUCAUGUGCGUUAGGUUUUCAUUCAAACAACGUACGUGACUCCAAGCUGCUCUCAUUGCAGGUUUGCAUCACUAAGGAUGCAUUAUGCACCUCCUGUUGAAAAUGUUGGGUAUUAAUACUUUGUGCAAACAUGGGGAUGUGUCAUUGCAGAGAGCAGUUACUUCUGCCUGGGGACAAGAAAAGGUUUCACAUGUCCAGGGCACAGCUGAUGAGAGAUCGUUUUCUGCGAAGACACUGACUCCUUGCACUGCUCUGUUCUACUUCCCCGGCUCCAGUGCUUGGAAUUCAUAAUCAAACAUGUUUUCCACAGCCCAGUGAAGGCAAGGGCAGCAGGUCAGUGCACAGCAGGGAAGGGAAGAACAGAGCCGCAGGUGCAGACACAAAGAGAAAUAACCAGGAUCUUUUCUGGGACACUGAGUCAAUUCCUGGAAUAGGUCUUCUAGGAUAAGUGGAACAUGUGUAACAAGAAAUAUUAAAAAAAAAAAAACCAAACAAAACAGAGUUCAGAAGGAUGUAAUGUGUCAUAAGUAAGCAUAAUUAUGUAAAUAAACUUGCAGGAAAACUGCUAAAGCAAGUGUAAUUAAAUAAGAAAAAACACUUUAAGGAGAAAAUAGUGCAUUUGUUUUGCCUUGCCAAACUGCCUACAAAUAGCAGCAUGUGUUCAGGCUCAGAUCCUACACAUGCCUGAAGAUCUGGGUCCCAACCCUGUACAGUGGCGAGCAGUCAUGAACCAGAAAGGGAAUCUGCAGAAAGGCAGUGAUGCUCUGUAAUGCCUCACCUUACACUGGAUUAUGAUUCAGGUCCUUAAGCUAGUUUGGAUCUGCAGCACAAGUAAUUACGGAAAGAAAUUACUUUAAUUUAAUUUGCAGAGCUUAAUCGAUAGGGAUCAAAGUAAGCUGCUCUGGUUGUCACAGCCAUUUGUGCUGCUUUAUGACAAAAACCUGACCAGAACAAUAUGCUGUAGCAAUUGUGAGCUACUGAUAAACCAGGGGCUGCGCAGGGAUUCAGGCGUUCACUGUGGCAGCCCUCACCACUUUGGGGAUGGUCACUCUGUUACUGAGAUUAUUUUGGAUUGGCUUUUUGUUUUAAACCUGUUCAAGAAAUCAAGGAAAAAUAUUUUAAGCACCUGAAACCAAGCACCUACAUCACUCCAGUUGAAACAGAAGACCAGAUGAACAGUGUGUAUCUGAAAGACUAUUAAAUGGUAUAAGCAAAAACCUCAGCCAGAAGAGGGUUUGGCUGCUUGUUUUUUUGGCUUUAACAAACUCAGUUUCAGACUUGCCACUUGAAAGCACAUAAGAACAAAAGUGUGGAGGGAGGUAGUUCUGGUGUUGUGUUGGUUCUCCACCCUCCACUCCUUUUAAACUUAAUGAAAUUUAUAUGCAGACUGAAUAUUUAUAAAGGAGUUACACCAUAACUGUUGCUGUGAACUUCCUGCAGAAUACCAAAGCAGAUAGAAUUCACUUCUCCCACAAAAUUCAUGGUGUGGCUUUUAGUCUGGGAAAGGGAAGAGACAAAGCGUUCUUCCAGUGAGGUGGCACAUUUGCACACACCAUACCUGGAGGGCAGAUGGCUCCUACAGGUAGCAUUUCAUCACUGAUUUAUGAGCAUGAGUCUUCUGCACCUUUCUGUGAAGAAUCCGAGCGUGUUUUUGGACUCUUUUCCAAGAACCGGCUCACCACAUGUGAUCCAAAGAAAGUGCAAUUAAUAUAGUGCAGUUGCCAGCCCUCCAAAUAGUGUUAGAGUUACUACAGCUUCCUCCUCUCGUGGCUCUGAGCACAACAGCUGUAGCCUGGUUCAUUCAAGAUCUUAAUUCCUCCCAGGAAUGCUGUUUUCAUACAGAAAAACUGGGUCAGACUCGCACAGUUUCUGCCCUUUUGAAAUAACCUUAGAGAAGGCAAGGGGGGUGAAAAAUGAAGGAAAUAAAUAUUUAGCAAAUAGGGAGAGGGAAAGAGAGAAAACAGGUCAGAACAGAAGGUCAUUGUUUUUAAUCAAACACUACUGUAAUAAAUAUUGUACAGUCAUAUCAAUUAUUAAAAUGUAGUUCUAGCUAAGUCUUUUUCAUUCCAUUGCCUGUGCCCACCUGGCAAGCUGCAGAUGUAUAAUCAGGUCUUGUGGGGGUUUUGCUGUUUCUGUGUGUAACUUGGGAGCUUCUUGGGUCAAACAGAGCACUGCAAGUUUUAUUCAGUAUCUGUUUUUUAGGAUAAUUAAAUCAUCCAAGUGGCCAACACACUACCUUGACCUCUCCAGAUUCUGGAAGGUACUCUCAUUUUCUAUCUUUUGCUUUAGCUGUCGCAUGUAACACAUCAAAAGAUAAAAAAGGAGACACAGAUUUUUCAAUCCAUACUCAAGUAAUUACCUAGUGAAAUGAAAAAGGAACAGAUAACACCUUCGGAGGCUGAGGACCUCCUGUUGAAAGUCCACUAAUGCAGAGGAUCGUACCAAGGUAACUAGGAAACACACUUGCUGGAGAAGCAGCACAUUGGUAAAAUCUGAAUGUUAAAUCCCAUUAGGUAAAGAUUAUUUCAAUCUUGUCAGUCCAUUGUUGUAAAAAUAUGACAGUUGUUUUAUUUUGUUAAAACUAUACAGAACACUACUCAGACCAGGCACAAACACCAGAACAAACACACGAGUGCCUCGCUGUUGAACAAAGCCCUCAAAAUCAAGACUACAAGGCUCACAGAUGAACAGCCAUUGUCAUUUGCUUGAGAUGAUCAUAUUCAUUAAGCAAAUUAAAUUCUGAAUGAAUACUUCAUUAAUUUUUCAGAAAUCAUGUUAAAAAAAAAUAAAAAGCCAGAAAACAGUCUCUCCAGACAGCAGCUGUUCUACUGCAGAGAGAUUGGCUAAUCUGAGGGUGUCUGCAAAAGCCAUUUUCUGGCCAGGCUGCACUGCAGCCUUAUUAUUAUAAUUAUCAGAGGGAGCAGCUACAGCACUUUCAAAUACCACCCAACAGGGGAAAAAUAUCUUCCUCCUCAAUAAAAGGUUAAACAAACCAGUACUAACGUGGUAAGGAAAGUCGUAUUUGUAGACAUAACGCAAUGAAGUUUAAAGAAAUCUUUUUGCAGCUUGUUUGCAGUGUAAAGGAACAAGGCAGCAGAGAAGGGCAGGUGUGUGCAAACCCUGAGCUGAGUUCUGCGAGGAUGAUCAGAGCAGGAAGCUCAGGGUCGGUGGGGACUUUCUAGGGGACUCAAAUGCAGCGUUGCCUGUAACUUGCUGGGCAUCAGUUGCAAUGAAAAAAGAAAUGCUACAAAAGCCUAGAAAACCAGUGUAUGAUGAAGGUCGUUUGCAGAGACAAGAGGCUUGUUCUAGCUCUGAUGGGGUCACUGCCUCCUCACACUGCCUUGCUCAGCCUCUCAGCCCAACAGUCACUCUGCAGACAGAAAGCGACUCUAAGGGGCGCGCAUGUGGUAAAACUGAAUUCUUUCCCAAGAACACAGUGACCUCACAUACGUUUUCUGUUGCAGCCUUGGACUUUUACAGUAAAAGACAUUGUGUCUUGUACCACAACAAACUAUAACAGUAAUGUCAAAACUCAAUGUUCAGGUCAAUAGGAAAUGUUACAUAAUUAAACUCCUACAUUUUAUUCAAUUGAGGAACCUGGAUUUCAAAAGCUCAGAAUUUUCCAUCCUGACUGAAAUUGGUCAGCAACCUCUAUUUGGAUUUACACUGCCACACAGGAUCCUAAACAGAACUAAAGACAGUCCCAAAAAGCUUUGGGGAGGAGUAGACAGAAUGCAAGGGUGACAUUUUAAAAUUCAAAUGCUCUCUGCGUUUUCCUGUAAGUUAGCCUGUCUAACACUCUGUGUCACGCUUUGUGGCAUCAAGUGACAAGUCAUACUCCUCACACAGCCCAAUUUAAAAACAAAGAAAACCAGAAUCACUAAAAUACCAUUUGCAGUGGGAAGUGAAUAAAUCCCUGGAGGACCAGCCAGUCUGGUUUUCCAGACAAGACCCUUUGCCACAUUUUUCUGUUCUAUAGAGCAGAGAUAACCAUGCAGAUCAUCUUCGCAAAGCACUAUGAGACCUGCUGGCAAAAUAACUACAAACCAGAUCAUUGUUCCUGCCGUUGUGGCCAGGGGACUCAUAUUCCUACAGAGUACUUGGGCCACUUCUUCGAACUGUCAAUGGAAUUUCUCAUUCCAUUGUACAUGCUGAAAGUGGGAACACUCUUUGCAUUGAAAAAUGAACAGAUAACUUCUAGAGAAAUUUUGAAAAAAAGCAAAAGAUUAAAAUAAAAUAAGUGGGGAUGCAGUAAAGAAGCAGGAUUCAGAGCAUGCUGUGGGCAAGGGCUCCGUGGCCCUGGUCAGCCGUGGUUAAUGCCAGCGCGAGGACAAGCUGUUGGUCUAGCUCUGUGCUGAAAAAAGCAGGGCUGACAGUAGUGCACACGAAGGAGAAAAUAGUACAACAGAUGGUGAUACACUCUCUGAAGGCAGGGAUACCCCAUCCUUUUGGAGAUGCUGUGUGGGCGAGUGACAGGAGAGAACUAGAAAGUACUUGCAUUGCCAGGGAGCGUUCCCAGAGAGAUUCCCACAAUUUGGUAGCAGGUGUGUCAUCCUACAUAUGGUCCCAGCAGGGACUGCCUAUCCCUGGAGCAUUUGUGACCUUAGGAAUCACUAUAAUUUAAUUUUUUUUCUUUAGAGAUUACACAAAGCCAAGAGAGCACUGUGUUUUCCUUGUUUUACUUCAAUGAUUAAGAAAGCUAUCCCUUGGCAUGAAUCCUGACAUUACAAUCAGUUUGCAAAGUGCAAUGGUGUGCCCUCUCCUGUUAGGGUUUGAAGCUGCUGGGUUAAUAGGCUCACACAGCUUGAUACCACCGACUCUGGGGUAAAUCCUGGCUGUUGCUUUAUGCAACACUUUGCAAUGGCAAACAUGCCUGCAGAUGUUUAUUUGUCAUUUCACAGACUUUGCAGAUUGCCAAAGGCUCCUUUAUAUACAAAUACAGGUUACAGGGAACAGAGCAGUAUAUCAUCUAGGUGUUCCUGUUCCAGUGAGGGGAUGGGACUAGAUGGUCUUUCGAGGCCCCUUCCAAUCCCUGGCAUUCUGUGAUUCUGUGAUCCUCCAGAGCUCACAUUGCAUGGGGGAAUUCUCAGCAGCUUGUAUCCAAGGGGAGAAUGGCCAUUCUCAAAUAAUUUUGCAUUAAUUGAGGGGGUGGAGGAGAAUUUACAUACAGUCAGCAGGGGCAGGCUGACAAGCUACGCAUACCAACAUUUCUUCGUCUGUUCUCUGCAAAUCCAGCUGUGGUUUCUUCCAGUGACCCAAAUCCCACAGUUGCACAUCGCAGUGGCAUCUGUUGGUGUGGGUAACUAUUUAUAGGUUAAGGGGACAGUAUUGCAGGAUCUUAACACACUAGCUGUGCAACAGUGAGCACUCUAGCUGAAUUCCGGACAUUCUGGGACACUUCUAGCCAUGAACGUUAUCUCUGAUGAGCUCCAGAACAUAGUGCUACAGCCUAAGCUGACGUGACUUUCUGCCCUCCUGUCCCUGUUAGCUCUGACUGCCGUGGCUGAAACUGCAUUCCUGGCUACUCAGGAUUAUGAGUCAUUAGCCACAGCAUUUCUACAGGGCUCAAGGGUGGCUGGUAAACCAGCCUCAAGCUCUCGAGCAGAUCAAGCACAAGCAUUGUAUUAGGUGUUGUUUAUACAGUGAAGUUAAAAUGCAACUUCUUUUUUUCCUUUUUGUCCACAGCAUUAAGUAAGCACCCAGGAGUAUGCAACUGUUCCACUAGGAGUUUUGGAAAGUCUCAGGAAAUUGGCAGUACCCACCACAGGGCUAAGAUUUGCUUCUCUGAUUGACUUGCAACUCCCUAGUGUUGCUCAAGCAGUUGCUAUCAGAGUUGAAUUUAGUAUCACUUCAGUAGUGGCAGAUGUCUUUAUUUAAAAUAAUGUAACAGUAAUAAAUACGUAAUAGGAUAGAACAAAAAAUCUGGGAUUUAUAUAAUUCAUUUUGUUUGCUUGUGCUGAAACAUCAAACCCACAAUGUUCUCAAUUUGCCCAAAUCUGACAUAUGUACAUCGUGCUUUUCUUUUUUCUUUUCUCUGUUGUGGGAACACAGGGCUCCAGAGAAGCUCCUGCUUUGGAGAAAAAGAAACAAAAACAACCAAUCACCCCCCCCCCACACCCCAACACUAUUGCUUUGCAAGGAAACAUUAUUUGCCAAUUUCAGUGACCUGCACAGUGUGACCUAGAUCAUAACCUGCAUGUGGUUUCAGUCGGAAGACCCUCCAACAUACAUUUUAAUGCACAGCCUUGAUGCCUCAUCAGCCUUCAGCGGAGGAGUUGCACUGGGACUUUGCACCGCUCACAGUUACUAGAAGAGCAUGUUCUUUCAGCAGUUUUUUAUUGCUGAGCUAUUUUUAGCUUGACUGUAUUCCCCAAACCAGUUCCUUACCCAGCUGCAAGGCAAAGCAGAAGCAAGAGCAAGUGGUAGUGCUGCCCACACUGAUAUUGCUACCAAAAAAAACACUCAAACUACAAACAUGAGCCAUGUCUUUGUCUGAAUAAUCAGUUGUACUUUUGUCACCCUAAUGGCUAAAUAUUGUAAUUUUGCUACAAACAGGACAGAUACACAAUCUAGCAGCUCUAUUAAAUCACAGAGUGAGGAGCCAGAUGGAAGGGAAGGGAGAAAUCUCCUGUUCUAAGUAGCUCUUACAUAUACACCCUAAUGUAUGCAUGUUAGUUCUUGUCUGUUAACUAAUAGUUCAACUGAAAAUUUAAACCCUUAUGUUACAUUGGUCCUAGAAUGUGUCCCAACAUCCUCCAAGAGUCCUUAACUCCAUGUUGGGAGAGGUAUGAAAGCAAAAGCCUCCUGAAGGUGGUAGAUGGAUGCUCAGCAUCUUCACUGAACCUUGCAGCUGGCCUUUGAACAGAGACAGGCUCUACUCCCCAGCUGCGUCCAGCCUUUCUUCCUCACACAUGGAGAAAAUCAUGAAACCAAAGGUCAAAUGCAGUGGGGCUUUCACAAGUGGUGAAAACAGUGAUUACCGUAAAGCCUUCUCCAUCUGAAUCCUCUCACAUAAUUAGAUACUGCCUCUGUUGGUGUCUUUCAGCCCACAGAGUGCUUAUCACUAAGUAACACUACGGAAUAACAACCCUGUCACAAGGAUGUAGGUCAUUCAGGGACAGUGGGUUAUGAUACAAGGGUCAUGCUGGGCAAGUAUGUAGUUUUUAUUCCAACUGAAACCUGAACUCCUCAUUGCAGGGCCUGUAUCAUAGAUAUUAUAAUGAUAGAGAACUGUAAUUGCCUGGGUGACAAGUGACAACAUAAUUAACUGAAUUCUUGCUAAUUUGCAGCCUUGAAAAUCCAGACAGAGCUGAAGGCCAAGCAAAUUAAUCACAUAUGUUAUUAAGGCAACAUACACAGCCUCUGCAUUUAUCCAGUAUCUUCUACUGGACACCCAAAGGCAGUUUUCUUAUUUGGAUGUGAAAAAUAGUUUAUGAAGGAAUAUAGACACAAAUAUGGGGCAAUUUAAAAGCUGUAAAGUUUUUGAAUGCAACUCACAAAAUCUACCAUACAAACUCACCCUUUUUUUACUGCUCUUUAGUCUCUUACUAUGAGAGAACAGCAGCAACUACUCUUACUUCCCGUGAUGGGAAAUGCUGGCACGUCACUCAGCUACCACUUACAUGCUCCAGAAUUACCUUGGGAUAAGAACAAGCAUGUGUCUCAGCGUUUGCCUUCUAAUUUUGUGCAGACUGUAAGAGGCAAGUCCUUCCCACCAAGGGUUUACUACUACCCAUAACUGUACCUUGCAAGUGGUACUGCACUGCCACAGUGCAGCACGUGGGUGACUUGAAGCCCUGGCACACACCCUCUUCACAAGUACUUAUAGGAAGGAUGAAAAUAAACUUCUUGUCAAAUUGAACAUUAUGUUCUGAUAAUAGAGAUGCCAAUUUAAGAGACAGAGCCUCUCUCUCCUGAUGGGUGGCAGACACAAUCUGCUUUAUGAGAAGCCAGCACUGGUAUUCCCAUUUCUCCUCUGUUUGCUGGAACUGGAGCUCCCCUUCCCAAGUCUGUCUGCAAAACUACCUGUCACAAGAGGCAAUCAAUGCAGUCGCUGCUGGUUGCAGCUCACUUACUGAAGGCUGGAUUGAUUGCUCACUUGUCAGCCCAGAGUCCACAGGCACAUGCACGUGUCCAGGCUACCCCUCCCUUUGCAGAAGGAUAUCAGAAUCACACUGAUCUAAGAAAGAGCAGAGAAAGGAUUCCAAAGUAUGUCUUUUGGCUUCAGCUACAAAUCUGAAAGAAAUUCAGUUUUAUGACAACCAUAAAUACAGAUCCUGUGCAACAGACUCUAUGCACAAACAUAUUUGAGAAACCAACACAUUUUAGGAACAGACAAGAAACACCACAAACCAAGAACAAGAACUUUUUUUGCAGUGGAUUCUGCUGAACACUUGCUGGGUUUUGCCAGACAGCUGGGACUUCAGGCUAGUAAGAGGAGCUAGGAAAGAUGGACUGUCUGAGGGCUGGGAAGUCAGCAUAGCCCCAUAGGCAUAUAGCUGGGCUGGACCUUUUCCCAGUUUGUCUCUUAUCAGCUAUUCUGUGCCCAUACCUGCAAGCCCCCAGACUGCUGUGGUUUUGCUGAGAUGCAGUUCCCACAACAGACAAAGCAGACACUGCUAAGGUUAACCAUAAGGACAGAGAACUUGGCAGCAUCGCCUGCCUGCAGGACAUAUUGAUGCAUUGCCCAUCUGAUAGCAGAGCCUGGGAUCCUAGUGACAUGCAAAUCCUCAGACUGCUGAGGAUUCAGAGUCACCUGUAACAGUCCAAUACCAUCAACCUUGGUGUAAUGAUGGUCCCAAGACAUCAAUUCGCUUAAAUGUGAAGGAGACAAUCUGACUGUGUGAAGUAAAUAUCGAUCUAUUCAUCAGCAGCCACAGCCAGAUGUGUGAGUUGCUCAGCUCAUGAACAUGUGACUUUGCUCCAGAGGGGACCAGCAAUUAGUGGCUGUCCCCUUGAAGCCAACUUCAGCAUCUGCACUUGUGCAUGUGUCAAGCAUGCCAGUCAGCAGGACCUCAAUCCGGACCCUCGUGGCAGAGACGGACCAGCCAACAGAGACUCCCCCACCGAUGGGGCUGGCAGGGGCAGGACACGUUAUCUCCCUGGGCAGCCUGUUUUGCUACAAUUAUACACUGCACAUGUACAUCAACAGCCAGACAUGCAUGGAUUUAUUGACCCUCUCAGAGGCAGCAUGGAGCACCCAUGAGCAUCACAGAACUCCCAUGUGCACAUUGCAUGGAGAAAACAAACAUCUUGAGGCCACAUGCAGACUCUCAGCACCCAAGGUACUUUGAGACCAAGAGCACACAUGGCUGUACCUACAGUGUGUUCUUGUGGUGAAGCACAAGUGACUGAGCCAACCUGCAAUGAGCUGCUCCUCUCACCCUCAGAGUAACACUGCAGAGGACACAGAAGGAAACAAAGUUUUUGGCUUCUGAGAAGUGGAAAUAUACCAGUUUAUCCAGUUACCUUUCUGAGCCCGCAUUACGGGGGAAAACUUUCUAAUAGUAAUCUGCAAAUACCCUAGAGAUCUCCGCAAACCUCAAACAGCUGAAGUACACCUGGUGCUUGAAGGCUUAUGCUCAUUUUGCACAGAACAAAGAUAACAUGUAAACUUUGUUAUUUUUCCGAACUUAAGAAACCACUGCCCAUGUAGCAUUGUGUGUCCAUGUCUCCUUUGUCCCCCUACAACUUAUGGUCACUGCUCUAGCAUGAUGAGAAAAUAUUCAGAUUUCAGUCACUAUCCAGACUUUGAGAAUCAAUGACACACAUACAGCAAACUCUAUCUGAGCUAUAUUCAAACAUCAUUCACAGGGAAGCAACAUUGGUGUGUCCAGUUCUGCUCCGUUUCCCUGAGGCAGCUGCAGUUGCCUCAACUGAGGUUCUGCAGGUUCAGCUCCAGUUACUUUUGCUCUCAGCAUCCCUUGGUUUAAGCUAAUGAGGAAGCAAAUUCCUGGAGUAGAUACCCUCAACAGGAGACAGUUGCAAUAUCAAUGGAAUUGUAUGCAUUUACACCAUGGGGAACCUGGACAGAGAUAGGAUUUGCCUGCGAGUUACUUGAGAGUUUUCAAGACAGUUUCUAGACCCUUCCAAACAUGGCUGGCCCUGCUGAGGUGCUCAGGAGCACUCCUGCCUCAGCAUGCAGCACAAAAAUACACAAACCGAGAUCUUAUUAUCACACAGAUACAACAAGAACACAACAGCAUUAAUUGGAUGCUUUUCCCAAAAGCAAUAAAUAGAUAUCUAAAUUCGUAUAAACUGAAAAGAAACCAUCACUGUGACACAAUAGAAGCAGUACACUACAUUAGUUCUCCUGUGGAGCUUGCAGUUACCUCACUAAGGCAAGUCCCCACAUGAAAAAACAACAGAAAGAGAAAGCAUAGGGCUCACCUAUCCAUGUCCACAUUGCAGGAGUGCUGGAGUCUCAUUUCCACCUCAGACCUUGAAAUGGCUCCUACAUCCAGAGCAGCAUGGCAGUCAGAGGGGUGCAGGCUGGCUCACAGGUGCAGCCCCACAGCCGCCCACACACAGGUGCAGGUACUUUGCUGAACCCACAGAAAACGAGCCAGGACUCUGGUUUGCUUCAAAAUGGCCUGCAGUUCUGUCAUACAUAAUUUUCUUUGCACAAGUCUUGUGGAGAUCAACCACAGUCCACCAAGGGUUCAGUUUUUAGCCUUCCCAAAGGCUCCUUCAUGGCAGGUGCCUGCUUCAUCCUCUUCAUCGCACAUGGGCUCCCCUGCUGUGAUGCUGUCUUCUGAUAAUAAUCAUUCAGAUGGAGUUUCUUUUCUUCAAAUACAGGAGAUUUGAGCAUUCCCUCCUAGAGCCUUUCUCAGGACCUGCUUGGUGGCCUGCAUUCACUGACAGGGCGUGAGGAGAUGUGGCCGCCAUUUCCUCAGCCAGGUUUCCCUCAGGCGUGGUGUUUCCGAGGCCAUGGUGCUUUCUCUCCACAGGGCCUGAUGGCCGCCCUCGAAGGAAGCACACUGAGCUCAACACACAGAAGACACUUUCUGUUUUUGUCAGUGGUGGCAUUUCCUAUUUUAACAGCUCUGGAGAAAAAAAAAAAAUCCUAGAAAUAAAUAUGCAAACCAGAGCACUUGUGGCGCAGGAGGGCGCCUGGAGCUCCACAGUGCCCAGAGAGCAGCUCAGCCAAGCAGAGGCACAAACUCGUCUGAAACAGUUUCUUACUUUAAAGCUCCUUUCAGGAGGAACACGCUUUUUUGUCAGAGGUAAAUUGCAGAUUAUCAUGUGGUACGCUGAGCUGCUGACCUGCCAGGAGCCCUCAGAGAUGUGUUUGUCCUGAUGUGGUUCCAAGCCCGGCUGCGGGCAGGAUUUGAGGCAAGUCGGCUCAGAGGAGGGAUUGAGUCACUUUCUGAGGGAGCAAAGUGCAGUUGGGUCCCUCAGACCCCCUGGGGGCGAAGCACCUUCCUCCAUCCCCCAAAGCAGCUGAGCAACUCAGGCAGGAUGGGCUGCACUCACACAGUAAAUACCCAUGGCAGCAAACUGAUAUAUGAUAUAUAUGAACAUAAUAUAACAGACUGAAACAAAACAUCCUCGCACCUUGAUAGCAAUGUCAGCGGUGUUGCCACCUCUCAUUGUUUGAUUAUUACUCUUGCAGUAUUGAGUGUUUUCACUCUAUCUGCAGCUUCCCAAAAUCUUCUUAGAAUUUUAUUUUGAAGAAAAGUCCACUCCUAAUUUUGUGGUUAUGGCAAAAAGCUUGGAAGUACCUCUGAAAAACUCAGGAAAAAAAAAUGCAAUUCCCUCUUGUGUAUAUGUGUGUAUGUCUGCACCUUUUCUUUCUGUCAUAGGUAAAGGUGAGAGUGUGCACAGAAAUACGUUCUUGUCUCUGGGCACCAUAUAUUUAUUAAAGCCAAAAGGGAAACAGGGUUUUAAACAAUUAGCCAUCAUAUAUAUUGUAACACACUCUCUCUAUAUAUAUAUACACACAGCAUUCAUACACAUACGCAUUCUCAUACCGCUUUAAUAAUUUCUGUUAGGCUUUUAAUCCCCCAGUUUAAAGCAGGCCUCUGAAAUCAAAUGUACAGAUUCUGGGAGAAUCUAUAAAUCUGGCAUGGAAGGGCUGUAAUUAAGAAUGGCUUGAGAGGGGCAUGUGAGCAGCAGGUUGGGUGGACUUUUCAUUUGCAGAUAAGCUCUCUGAGUCAGUCAUUCUUCCCUGACUUAUGUUGUAAAAUGCACACUAAUCUCUUUCAAACAAAACCUAGCCAAAGUUGUAUCAUUUCUGAGACACACAGGAAAAUGAGUGAGGAAGGAGGAGUCCAAGGGUACCAGGAAUUAAAUAUACAUGUUUAAAGCCUUUAGUAGGGCAUUUCAGCAUCAUUCCUGUUUCAGCUGGGAUCAUUGCAACUUCCACUGCUGGAGUAUCCAAUUCAUUACUGCAAAGAGAAAUCCAGAGAUCAGGAGAAAAACCUUAGGUGAUAUGAAAUGUUAGGUCGGAAGAAUGAGAGUAAGGCUAUGGGCGUUUCUAGUUGCAAGAACUCAUCAUCUGAGUUUUCUGUUAGUGUGACUCUGGUAUGGUAGUUGUGAUGCCUUCCUGUUGCCAGAGCAAGCUUUCCCAGUGAUCGCAGGGAAAUUGAUUUAAAAAGGAUAAGGAGUCACAUUUGUAUUUUGGGCUGUUAUUCUGAUAACGUAUGAAUACGGUGUUGAUUUUGAAGGUAAAUUUGGUAAGGCUUACAAAACAAGGAGAAAUUAGAAUCCAGUACAUUUACUGGUUGUUUUAGAGUCUGAAACAGUUACUUCAUUUUUUCUCUCUUGUAUAUUUGAGAAAAUUUAGAUCUUGUUAGAGCAUCACUUUAUAAUCAUUCCUGUAUUUCCUGUGCACAGCAGAGGGAUAACUACUGCAGCAGUGGUUUGCAGGGUGGUCCCUGCUCUGAGUAUUUGUCUCUGUAACUUCAUCUCUGGCUUGGCAACAUCUGCUGGAGAGGAGACGACGAGAAUCCUUAACGUUGCCAGAACGCAGGCCAGAAAGCAUCGUAAACUCCUUCCGAUCUGCUUGCUGGAUUAUUAUGUGAAAGCCAGCAAAUGCAGCAUGUGUGUGUCUGCCUAGGGGAGGGGUUCAAUUACCUGAGAUCCUCUGCAGAUAUUAGCAGUGUCUCUUGGGGAAGUCUCAUUUAGUAUGCAGAAUAAAAUCGCUGUGGCACUGAUCAUAUGAUUUGAAGACUCAAUCCUGAAGCAGCACUACUGAAAAGGGGAGGUGAAACUGCACAAGACGCUCCGUUCAGACAGCAUGAGGCUGUGAGCAGCACAUGAAUUUUAUCCAGCAGGCAGGGGGAGGAUUGUUCUGUUAGACGUGUAGUCGGGAAAUCACAGGAAAGCCUGAUUUCUGGCAAGUCUGCAUUUUGCCAGGAUGCACCACUGGUGUUACUAGAAAAAGGGAAGACGCUGCUGUGUGAGAUUAAAAGGUAGAGGCUGUGACAGCUACAGAAGAUCACUGUGAAAUUCAUUUGAUAACCACCUUAAAUACCCCCUCAGGAGUGAAUUUAACUGUUGGAGAGCGCUGGUUCCAACUGACUGCCUGGAAAGUACGGUGAAAAUGAUGCACAUUCUGAGGAAGCAUUUCAGUGACAGCAGAACAAACUAGAGGAAAACUUCCACCUGCAUUGCUGACAUUUGGGAAAAAGAAUAUAAAAAAGCAUUCCAGUGCAAGGAUUCUUGUAUUUUUUCUUUUUUUCCUGAGUCCUGGAGAGGGAUUGUGUAGUCCCCUCCCUGAGGAAAACACCAACCAGAACUCAGAACACUGCAGACUUCCCAAAGAACAAGCAUGGUACAAAAUGUGAUUUUGGUGUUUUUCCGCAGGCGACUCAGCCAAAGACCUGCUGUUGAAGAGCUAGAAAGAAGAAAUAUACUUAAAC